AUGCCCAUUUAUCCGGCCCGCCAAGCCCAUCUGGACCCGCCGCACACCCACGCGUGGGAGGCAGUGGUUUGCUCGCGCGGAGAAAAUGAUCUUCAGGAAAUUGCUGCCUAUCUAAUAACAUUUGAGAAACACGAGGAAUGGCUAACCACCUCCCCUAAAACCAGGCCCCAGAAUGGCUCUAUGAUCCUUUACAACAGGAAGAAGGUGAAGUACAGGAAAGAUGGAUAUUGCUGGAAAAAGCGGAAAGAUGGGAAGACCACCCGAGAGGACCACAUGAAGCUGAAGGUGCAAGGAGUGGAGUGCCUCUACGGCUGUUACGUCCACUCUUCAAUCAUCCCCACUUUCCACAGAAGGUGCUACUGGCUUCUUCAGAACCCAGACAUCGUGUUGGUGCACUACCUGAAUGUACCUGCCAUCGAGGACUGUGGGAAGCCGUGUGGACCCAUCUUGUGCUCCAUCAACACAGACAAAAAGGAGUGGGCAAAAUGGACAAAGGAGGAGCUGAUUGGCCAGCUGAAGCCAAUGUUUCAUGGCAUCAAAUGGACCUGCAGCAAUGGAAACAGCAGCUCAGGCUUCUCUGUGGAGCAGCUAGUGCAACAGAUCCUGGACAGCCACCAGACCAAGCCGCAGCCUCGGACACACAAUUGCCUUUGCACGGGCAACUUGGGGGCGGGCAGCAGCGUGCACCACAAGUGCAACAGCGCCAAGCACCGCAUCAUCUCGCCCAAGGUGGAGCCCAGGUCCGGCGGGUACAGCACCCACUCCGAAGUGCAGAACAACGAUGUCUCCGAGGGCAAGAACGAGCACAGCCACGGCAAGUCCUCCAGCCGGGAGAAGCGCAACGGGAAGGUGGCCAAGCCGGUGCUGCUCCACCAGAACAGUACGGAGGUUUCCUCGACCAACCAGGUGGAAGUUCCUGACACGACCCAGAACUCUCCUGUGUCCAUCAGCAGUGGGCUGAACAGUGACCCGGACGUAGCUGACAGUCCAGUGGUCACGGGGGUCUCCAGCAUGGCUGUCGCCUCUGUGAUGGGCAGCUUGUCCCAGAGCGCCACCGUCUUCAUGUCUGAUGUCUCCAGCGAGGCCGUCUACACCAUGUCGCCCAGCAGCGGCCCAAACCAGCACCUCCUCUCCUCAGACGCCGCUGCACAAGGGCUGGUCCUGGCCGUGAGCUCGGAUGGCCACAAGUUUGCCUUUCCCACGGCCAGCAGCUCCGAUAGCUUGUCCAUGCUGCCUGCCAGCGUUUCGGAAGAGCUGGUGCUCUCCACGACUCUUGACAGCAGCAGGAAGAUCCCAGAAACCACCAUGAACUUCGAUCCGGACUGCUUCCUCAACAAUCCCAAGCAAGGGCAGACGUACGGAGGUGGAGGCCCAAAGGGCGACAGCCUCGGCCCCAACAUCCGGCAGUCCCCCACAGCGGAGCGGGGCUUCAACUUCAGCACGGCCCUCACCAAGGAGAUUAAAACCGAGGAUACGUCCUUCGAGCAGCAGAUGUCCAAAGAAGCUUUCUCCUCCUCCGCGUCAUCCAGCUCCCUCACCCUCGCCCCUGGCUCCAGCUUGCUUCCCUCCGGCGGAGGCCUCAGCCCCAGCACCACCUUGGAGCAAAUGGACUUCAGCGCCAUCGACUCUAACAAGGAUUACUCCUCCAGCUUCAGCCAAGCAGUCCAGAGCCCCCACAUCCACCAGAGCCCUUCACCCAGCUUCUUCCUGCAAGAUGCCAGCAAGCCUCUCCCCCUGGAGCAGAACGCCCACAGCAGUCUGAGUGACGCGAGCAACACCUUCGUCAACCCCUUGGCGCUCCCUGCUGUGAAGACCGAGGCCUCCCCUCAGAGCACCUCCAACUGCAAUGGCACAGCGGAAGCCCGGAUCGAGUCGAGCGCCUCCCUUCAGCUCAUGCAGUUCCAGGCGAACUUCCAGGGCAUGGCGGCAGAAGGGGAAGUUCCCAUGGAGACCUCAGCCCAGGCUGAAGGGGAGAACCUGCUGAAGUCAGGGGAUCUCCAGGGCUGCAGCACUGAGCACUACCUGCAGCCCGAGAGCAACAGCGGCUUGCGGAACGGGGCCGCCCUGCCCAUCCUGCAAGGGAACAUGGUGCAGGGUCUCUACCCGGUCGCCCACCCAAGUCUGAGCAACACUUCCAACAUGGAGCUCAGCUUGGAUCACUUUGACAUCUCAUUCAGCAACCAGUUCUCUGAUCUGAUUAAUGAUUUCAUUUCUGUGGAAGGUGGGGGCAAUGCCCUGUAUGGGCACCAGCUGGUGGCGGGGGAGAGUGCAGGGCUGUCGCAGCCCGAGGACAGCGGCCGGGCCUCCUACAGCCAGGCGGAGCUGUGCAUCCCCUGCUGCAGCCCCCAGCAGGCCAGCCUGCACCUGAGCAGCGCGGAGAAUGGGGCCGGCGCCAUGGCCUACAUGCACGUGACGGAGGCGGUGUCAGUGGCAGCGGCAGCGGCAGCCCAGAGCACCCUGGGCCUGCUGCAGCAGAGCGGGCGGCUCUUCAUGGUGACAGACUACUCGCCUGAGUGGUCCUACCCUGAGGGGGGCGUGAAGGUGUUGAUCACAGGUCCGUGGCAGGAGGCCAGCAGCAACUACAGCUGCCUGUUUGACCAGAUCUCAGUGCCCGCUUCUCUGAUACAGCCGGGGGUGCUCCGCUGCUACUGCCCAGCUCAUGACACAGGGCUGGUCACGCUGCAAGUGGCCUUCAACAACCAGAUCAUCUCCAACUCAGUGGUCUUUGAGUACAAAGCACGAGCGUUGCCAAGCCUGCCUUCCUCACAGCAUGACUGGUUGUCCUUGGAUGAUAACCAGUUCAGGAUGUCUAUCCUGGAGCGACUUGAGCAGAUGGAGAGGAGAAUGGCUGAAAUGACUGGGUCCCAGCAGCACAAGCCAGGUGGAGGCGGCAGUGGUGGCGGCAGCAACGGAGGUAGCCAAGCACAGUGUGUUUCAGGAGCUGCAGCCGCUGCUGCUUUGGGGACCUGUUUUGAGAGCCGUGUGGUGGUCGUGUGUGAGAAGAUGAUGAACCGGGCCUGCUGGACCAAGUCCAAGCACCUCAUCCAUUCCAAGACUUUCCGGGGAAUGACGCUCCUGCACCUGGCUGCAGCCCAGGGCUACGCCACCCUCAUUCAAACGCUCCUCAAGUGGCGGACCAAACAUGCUGACAGUAUCGACCUAGAGCUGGAAGUUGACCCACUGAACGUCGACCAUUUCUCUUGCACCCCGCUGAUGUGGGCAUGUGCACUGGGCCACAUGGAUGCUGCAGUAGUACUCUACAAAUGGGACCGCCGGGCCAUCUCCAUCCCCGACUCCCUGGGGAGGUUGCCUUUGGCCAUUGCCCGCUCCCGUGGCCACGUCAAGCUGGCAGAGCGCCUUGAGCAGCUACAACGGGAGGAGCAGACCCAACUCCGGCAAGCUGCCCGGAUCCCUGCCUGCCCUUCCCGUGAGGAGCCCACCAGCGAGAACUGGAUCACUCAGUGGCACAGCGACAUGGUUGCCUCACAAGAGCCCCCCAAGGGAGUCACCGUGACUUCCAAUUCCAGUACAGAGCUGAGACGGCCACGGUCUGAGCCCUCCAGUUACUACAGCAGUGAGAGCCAGAAGGAUUACCCAGCACCAAAAAAACACAAACUGAAUCCUGAAUACUUCUCGGCCCGGCAAGAGAAGCUCCUUUCCACUGCCCUGAGUCUGGAACAGCCCAGUGCCCGGAAGCAGAGCCCCGGCACAAAGCACCCCCUUCCUGAGACAAUCAGCCCCCCGCCCGGGUUGCGGGACUGUGGCCGAGAGAUCGCCCCAGACAUGUCCAGCUACCGUGGCAGCCCCCUCAGGCAGGCGGGGCCCAAGUGGAGCCCAAAGGAGGCCUACGCUGCCCUGUCCGCGGCGCAGGUGGGGGGUGGCCCCAAGGGCAUGGCACUGGGCAAGGACACGGUGGCCCUACGGCUGCAGCAGCGGGAGCAGAUCGGCAUGCUGAUGUUGGCGGACCGGGAAGUGGCAGAUGCGGCACUGCUGUCUUUCCGGGACGUUGCAGAGAGUGAGGACGGCUUGCAGCAGGUGGAUGACUUGCAGGCAACCAUGAUGACCCUGGCAGAGCACAUCAUUGAGGCCACCCCGGAGAGGAUCAAGCAGGAGAACUUUGUGCCGGCUGAGACACCCCCAGCUGAGCGGACGGAGAGCCCAGCCAUCAGCACCUCCAUGAGCUGGCUGGCCAGUUACCUUGCCGACGUCGACCACUUGCCAAGCGCUGCUCAGAUCAGAAGCCUGUAUGGCAGCCCCCUGACGCCUCCUUCCCAUACCAGCCUGAGCCCGGCCAGCUCACCUGUCUCCGAGGUGGCUUGCGAGAAGCCCCGCCUCCCCUCGGCCACCGACUGGUCCGAAUUCCUGAGCGCCUCCAGCAGCGAGAAGGUCGAAAAGGAGUUUGCACAGCUCACCCUCUCCGACCACGAGCAGCGAGAACUCUAUGAGGCAGCCAGGCUGGUCCAGACAGUCUUCAGGAAAUACCAGGGACGCCCCCUCCGGGAGCAGCAGGAAGUUGCCGCUGCCGUCAUCCAGCGCUGUUACCGGAAGUACAAGCAGCUUACUUGGAUAGCCUUGAAGUAUGCACUUUACAAGAAGAUGAUACAAGCUGCCAUUGUUAUCCAGAGCAAAUUCCGAAGCUAUUAUGAGCAGAAGAGAUUCCAGCAGAGCCGAAGGGCUGCUGUCCUCAUCCAGCAAUUCUAUCGCAGCUACAAGGAAUGUGGCAAGAGAAGGCAAAGUCGCAGGACGGCUGCCCUCGUGCAGCAGAAGCUCAGAAGCAGCCUGCUCACCAAGAAGCAGGACCAAGCCGCCCGCAAGAUCAUGCGGUUUUUACGACGCUGCCGCCACAGAGUGAAAGAAUUGAAAAAGGCCAAGGAACUUGAAGUGAGAGAAGGCGGCAGCAUCCCAUAGCAAUGUGGCACUGCUUUUCAGACUGUUUUCAUUUUCUGUUUUUAGCAGAAACAUGCAACAACAAUUACAAAAAUGAUUUAAUUAUUUAAAAAAAAAGAAACUGACUGCAGUGCUGAGAAUAUCGGCUGCAGGAUUUUAAUGGUAAUGUUUCAUCAUUACAUUUGCACUUUCAUGGACAAUUUUUAAUUUGUUCAGCAAGACAUCUUGGAACUCAAACCUUUGGUUGGAUCAUGGGGGGGAAAGUGACACACCCGGAAGGAGUUUUCAUGAGUUGCUUCGUUCCUCUGAAAAACGAAAUACAAAAACACACAAAAAAGAGAAGCAAUUACUUAUCCUUUUCAUAUAGGGCUGUAUUAAACAAAAACGACGUGUGGAACUGUACAAAUAUUAUACCAAAAAAAAGCAAAACCCCCACAAUCCAAGAAUGCUAUUCUUGCACCUGUCAAUCAUCUCCAAGACCUGGAAAUGUUGGGAUUCUCCUUGGAAAGUCUUUGAUCACCUUCCAUCUUGCUUGGGCCUGUCCCUCCUCCCAUCUCCUUUGCACUUCUGUCUUUCUGUUCUUCAUCUAAAUUACUUUCUACAACACAAUUUAAUGCAACUUUUUAGAUCUGCUGGUUUUCAAUACAUCUUGUGGGAGUUUUUCCAGAAA